AUGACAAAGGCUCGGUCAAUUCUCGAGAAAGGACGUUCAAAGAACCCUAAAGAGCCCAGUCUUUGGUUGGAGUCAAUUAGAUUGGAGAUACGAGCCAAUCUGAAACCAGUGGCUGAUUCUCUCCUGUCCAAAGCUCUUCAAGAAUGUCCAGACUCGGGCUGUCUUUGGGCCGAGGCUAUACUCAUGGCUGCUCGGCCGCAACGCAAAAUGAAAUCAGUGGAUGCUCUAAAGAAAUGCGAACAUGACCCCAUGGUCCUUUUGGCUGUUGCAAAAAUGUUCUGGGUGGAACGAUUGAUUUCGAAGGCUCGUAGUUGGUUCAUGCGUACUGUGAAACUGGAAUCAGAUCUUGGCGACGCUUGGGCUUACUUCUAUAAAUUUGAAAAGCUUCAUGGAACUGAGAAUCGAACUUGCCAAUAG